CAUUUCUCUUCCAGGUUUCACCUCACACAGAGAAAAGAUCAUGGGUGACCUUCACUCCAUUCCUUACAGCACCCUGCACAGUUCUUCCCUAGGUUGGGACUUCCACAAUCUUGGAGUUUUCAACGCAGACAUGCCCCAAUUUUUGGAGAGCAGCAUUAGUACCAGUACCCCACCGUUGCUUUCACAACUUGAAUCUGAUUUUUCUACGGGGUAUCUACAAGAUGCUUUAUUUGAAUUUAGCUCUAAAAGAAGGAGGCUGGAAUUCUGCAACACUGAUGAUCAAAGUGAAGAGUUAGAUAAUUCCACCAGGAAUUCUUGGAGUUCUGCGUAUUCACUGGACUACUACAACAAUUAUGAUUAUUUGAGUCAGAUAAUGACAAAUUCUGAUAGCAUUUCAGGUGAACCUAUGAGUAUAAUCAGUGAAGAAGCAUCCCUAUUCUCAGAAAUGAAAACCACAGAAGAAGCAAUAUCCAAUUGUGAAACUUUUGAUACUUCAUCUUCUCAGAAGGACUCAGUUAACAUUCAGUCCACUUCAGGGAAAGAAACCCUACGUUCCAUAGACUCUAUUUUUCCUUCAGGAGGAGGAGGAGGAGGAGGUGAGAAAAGGAAAAAGAGAAUUCUAAGCAAGGUGGUUUAUCCAUUUGCAUUGGUCAAGCCAGGAGGAUUGGAAGGAGAUGUGACACUAAACGACAUCAAUGAAAGAAUUUUGAUGCCACCAACAAGGCCAGUGAGGCAUCCGGUUGGUGACUUUGCUUGCAGGCCUCUAACCUCCCCAGAUGGUCCUGGUUUAUCAGGGAAAGCAGUGGUGGCUCUCACUAGAAUUCAUACACAAGGGAGAGGCACAAUUACAAUUAUUAGGACUAAGGGUUGAGUACAUCAUUAUUCAUCAAUUUUACAUAUUGCAUGUAUAAAUUUUAAAGGGAUGCUUUGAUUGAUUUUGGAGAAUCUUUUUUUUUUUUUUGGUUUUAAUUGUAAAUAGAGCGUGAGAGACAAAUAGAAAAAGAAAGAUGCGUAUGUAUAAAAUAGUUUAUUCUCUCUUUAAUUAUCAAAGUAUUAUUUACUUG